AUGGCUGUGCGCGCGCAAUUCGAGAACUCUAAUGAAGUCGGUGUCUUCGCCCGUCUGACAAACUCCUACGCCAUCGUCGCUGUCGGCGCCUCCGAGAACUUCUACAGUGUCUUCGAGUCUGAGCUUCAGGAUGUCAUUCCUAUUUGCCAUGCUACCAUUGCUGGUACACGAAUUGUUGGUCGUUUAACAGUUGGUAACCGUAAGGGUCUCCUCGUUCCUACUACCACCACAGACCAGGAACUCCAGCACCUGCGUAACACCCUUCCGGACGAUGUGAAGAUCCAGCGUAUAGAAGAGCGUCUCUCCGCACUUGGUAAUGUGAUCUGCUGUAACGAUCACGUUGCUAUCGUUCAUCCCGAUCUGGAGCGUGAAACAGAGGAGAUUAUCGCCGACGUCCUCGGCGUAGAAGUCUUCCGUCAAACAGUUGCCGACAACGUCCUCACAGGAUCCUACAUGUCGCUUUCCAACCAAGGAGGAAUCGUUCACCCCAAGACUUCCAUCCGUGAUCAAGAUGAGCUCUCUUCCCUUCUACAGGUUCCUCUUGUUGCUGGUUCCGUGAACCGUGGUUCUCCCGUUGUUGGUGCUGGUAUGGUCGUUAAUGACUGGCUUGCUGUUACCGGUCUGGAUACCACUGCUACGGAAUUGAGUGUUAUUGAGUCCGUCUUUAGAUUGGGUGAGAUGGCUCCCGGUGGUGCUGGUGGUGCUGGUCCUAAUAAGGAGAGUAUUGUCGAGAGUUUCUACUAG